AUGCCCCCCAUGAGUCAAGAACACCGGGCUUUCCUGCUUGUCAUAUUGCGCGGACCUGUGGAGGGAUCUGUCGCCUGCAAGGAACUUAUCGAGGCGCUGCGAGACGGACUCGGCGCUCGUAUCAUCGAGAACGCCCAUAACGUCAGUGCGAAGUUCAAGCCUGGCGAAUGUCGUUUCGACAUCCAGGAAGCCCACACCGUCAACUUUCAUAAGGCCCACGGCGGCAACGGGUCCAGGAACAAGAAGGACAGAAGGCCGAAUCAGAUCACUCGCCAUGUUGCGCGCAGCCAGGGCUGCGAAGUCGCCGACCUCAUUGGACUGAGGAACCAUCCCUUGGGGUGGAAUGGCCCUGCAUAG